AAGAAAGGUUUUAGAGUUGUGCUCAUAGCAAAAAGGUUCAAGUUGCAUGCACUGGCAUACCUAUAUUUAAAAAAUGCUUGCUCGCUAGAACAUCUCUUGUGACCCCAGCUAGGGAUUUAGUGCUGUAUUCACUACCUCACCAUCCCUUACGUAUAAAAUAUUAAAUAAGUAUAAUAUAACACAUUACUGCUGGUUCCAAAGUGUCCUGUUCUUCCCUAAGUAACAUUUCUUUCAUAUUCUAAAGCAAGUUGUAGAACUUUAAGCAGGCACCAAAGAGGCAGUAAAGAGGUUUUAUGUUAAAACUUGUAUAGAUAAGCACUGAAAAGGAAAGUUAUGUUGUACACAAGAUUUACAAAAAGCAUUUGAUUCAAAAUACUAUUUUCAGAAGUUAAAUCCCAUUCAUCCAUUAUCUUACUGCUUCAUCCAAUACAGGGCUGCUGGGGAGCUUAAGCCAAUUUUACCAGGUGCCAAUUAAUCUACUAGUGAGUUUUUGGACUGCGGGAGGAAACUGGAGCUCCCACAGAUAACAGACACGAACACGAAGAGAACAUACAAACUCCACACAGAUAGCACACGAGGGCCAUUGCACUGCAAGACAAUUUCCUAAAUGUUACACCUAUUACAAGUAAUGUUUUAAAAACGUUCAAAAGAAAGAACAAAAUGUGGACCACAUAUUCUUUGAGGUUCUUGUGUUUUAUAUGAAAUUGGUGACAGUGGUUUAAAACAGUGAAGUUGGUUGCUAUAGAUGGGUUAUCCUGAACAAUUUAAAAUUCCUCUGUACAUUUUCUGUUUCUCAUCAGAGGUCUGGCCUAAACCGCCUGUUCCACCCAUGACACUUUUAUGUCCAAAGAAGUCAUGUACUGCAUUAUCAGCAAAGAAUGCAACCUUAUGUGAGUUUUAAGUAUCAAUCCAGAUGAAGGCAGCACCAUCAGGAGCAAGUCCUUACUACCAAACUUGUCUCUCGGAAUGAACGGAACCAAAAUGGGAAUGAAAUUAAAAUUCUGAUAUCAUUACAAUUUCAUGAGGUUUUCCGAGUUCAGGGCUUCUCUAAAAGAAGAAAACGUCAAAGAAUUUUUGUUCCAGGACGUUUUGGAUAAAUGUUUUAUAAUUUGUAACGUUUGCACUGCACUUUAUAAGUCUCUUGUUUUGUAUGUUGCCGUUCUACAAACUGUACGAAAGUUUUGCAUUUUAUUGCAUUUAUUAGAAUUGUGCAUUUCCUACAUUGCUUUGUCGAUCUUUAUUUUUUUAAUAUUGAAUAUAAAUUUACUUGAAUAUUUAGAGCGAAUUCUGCGCUCUACUUGCACAGACACAUUCGUAAGCCAUUCUGUGCCUCUUCAGUGAUAACAGAAUCAAGGUAACAGCUCAGUUAUUCCUAGUACCUUCCUGGAGCCUGUAUUCAUCUCACGACACCGACUGUCAGCAGCAAUAAUGAUAAUAUAGACUUCUGACAUUUAUAUUUCACUAAGGAGCUAGAAAUCCCAAACGUUGAAUUGAGGAGGUUUUCUGCCGGAGGGGUGUGCAUGUCCUCCGCUCGCCUGGAUGGAAAGACUGUGCUCAUCACUGGAGCGAACACAGGGAUAGGCAAGGAGACAGCUAGGGCCCUGGCAGCACGGGGUGCUCGAGUGAUAAUCGCGUGUCGGGAUGUGUUGAAGGGUGUGGCUGUGGCAACGGAGAUCCGCUCUGACACAGGGAACCAGCAGGUAGUAGUCAGGAGGCUGGACCUGGCUGACACUCAGGCCAUCCGGCACUUUGCUAAAGACAUCCUUAAAGAUGAGAAACAUAUUCACAUUCUGAUCAACAAUGCUGGGGUGAUGAUGUGUCCUUAUUCCAAGACUACUGAUGGCUUCGAGAUGCAGUUUGGAGUUAACCAUCUGGGCCACUUUCUCCUGACCCACCUUCUGAUAGACCUGAUUAAGCAGAGCGUCCCCUCACGCAUAAUCAUCGUAUCCUCCCUGGCACACGUUGUUGGAAGAAUCAAGUUUGAUGACCUUCAGAGUGAGAGGAGCUAUGAUGGCGGCCUAGCCUACUGCCAGAGCAAACUUGCCAACAUCCUGUUUACCCGGGAGUUGGCUAAGCGACUCCAAGGGCUGAGGGUGACUGUGAACUCUGUGCACCCGGGCUCUGUGAAAUCUGAGCUGGUCAGACACUCCUCCAUGUUGGCCAUUCUAUUCUGGCUCUUCUCAAUGUUCAUCAAGACACCCAAGGAAGGAGCACAGACCUCUGUGUACUGUGCUGUGGCUGAGGAGCUGGAGUUUGUCUCUGGAAAACACUUCAGUGACUGCAGUCCUGCAUUUGUGGCACCACAGGGUCGGAAUGAAGAAACAGCAAAGAGGCUGUGGGAUGUCAGCUGUGAACUACUGGGAAUCAAGUGGGAAUGAGCUGUCUUGAGCUCAGCAGUUUAGGAAAUAUCUACACAUGCAGUCUGCUCACUGGCAGGAACUGAUGAGUGGGAUCCUAGCAUGGGAAGAAACAAACCUCUUCAAGAAAUGUGAAGGAUAAUGCUACAUCAUUGUCACUUUUUUGGUCCUUACAGUCAAAAGAGAUUUUUCUGUGACUUUAAGCUGCAAUAUUGCUUACUUGCAACAAUGAUUUGUUUUUCUUAAUUUUAAAAAAGUUUUUUUUCCUUAAAUUCAGAUAUCUUUAAUACAGAUAACGUGUCAUUCCCUUUUUGUAAUUAGUCUUCAGUAUAUUCUAACUCAUCUAAGAGUUCUAAUUUAUUUUACUAGCUACAGUCCUUUUAUGUAACUGACAUGCUAUUUACUAAUUUA